CCGGGAAAGCCAGCCGCCAGGCUUGGCACCCGCCAAAUGUGCCUUGCCGAAAUGAAGAGGAAGGAAGGCGACUUCGGAGCCCAGCAGAUCUGAGCGCCAGGAGUCGGGAGACUCUGCCGGCCAGCACCCAGAGAGCCCAGAGCAGCAGGAAAAAAUGUGAAAAGUACCAGGAGACCACUGGGUAAUCGCCCCAGUGCAAAGGGCCUUUCUUCCUACCCACCGCAAUUGCAGCAAAUAACUCCAGGGAGGGGAAUCAGAGGCGCCGGGGAUUGCGCCCUGGGGGAGCCCUAUCUGCUGAAAGAGAGCGUCUAAUGCCGUUACUUCCCAGUGUAGCCUUUCCACUCGGCGGACCAAGCGCCUCUCCUUCGCUUGGAGUCGGCUCAGAAUCAGGCUGCUAAAGGUCCCUGGAGCCCCUCCCCGAGAGAAUCCGAGCCUCCAGCUUCAGCACCAGAGGCUGGACAGUGCCCCGGCCCUAGGGUGCCCAUGGUCGGUGCCCGCGCACGGCUCGGCCUCCCAGCCCGCGCCACGUGCGCUCGCGGCCUCUCAGACCCCACGCGGAGGAGGUCAGGAGGUGACACAGGUUCGCGGAAGAAAGCGGGACUUAUCUUCCUCAUUUCUCCAGGGAUUUAGGUGUGGAAUUCUAGGAGAGCAUUCUCUCUCGCCCUGGCCAAGACCAGUGGAAAAACUUGGCGCCAAAUGCAAGCAAUGGUGCGGGGAGCAGAGGCACGAUUGCAGGCGGUGAGCAAAGGGGCAAGCGGGACAGAGGAUCUACUGCGAGCCCCGGGCUCUGGUGUUCCGUGAAAAAUCGCCACAUUUCAAUCCUGCGCUCCCGCGCGCUCCCUCUCGCUCUCUCCCCCUUCCUUUUUCCCUUCCUUCCUUCCUCCCCGCGCUGUCUGUAUGCCUUAAUAGGAGUGAGUGGAAGGGAAAGAGUGAGGUGGAGGGAGAAGAUAUUGAAGCCGAGGUAAGAAGCACAUUUUAUCUAGGUCUCAACACUCCAGCGUGGAUGAAAUCUGUCCAAAAAGAACAUCAAGGUACGCGUUUUUUUACCCAAAGGAGCCCAAAGUGACCUUUGUAUGAGGAGCAAAGAUGAUUGUUUGGCCAAGAAGGGGAAAGACCGCGGAGGGAGAGACGCUAUCACAAAAGGGCUAACGGAGGUGGAGAAGGAAGAGAACGGACCUGACUUGGGCACUAGCAUGGUUACCAGGCAACCAGUCGCAGCACCUGCCUCCUCUUGCCUUGGUUAUGAGCUGCGCUUUCGGCCUGAAUUUUCAGCGACAAAUAGAAAAGCUGAAUGGAUGGAGACAAUGACUCUCUAAUUCAGUGUAAGAGCUGACUCAUCGCUUCCCAGGAAGACUUGCUGCAGUCCUACUCAGGGAUGCUGGCAUUGGUCGCCACUUCCCUAAAAAGAGGGGAAGUCAAAGUUCUUUCCCUUUCAGGACAGAAACUCUCUGAUAACAGCCUGGAAGAAGACUUAAUGCUGCUGCCCCAUUGGAAGAUUACUCCCCAGGCUUCCCUUGCCCCAAGCAGUGAGCUGACUGGAAUGGUACCCCGGGAGGCCCCUGAGUCUGCUCAGUGCCUGUGCCCUUCCCUCACCAUCCCAAAUGCCAAGGAUGUGCUUCGGAAGAGGCACAAGAGAAGGAGCCGACAGCACCAGCGGUUCAUGGCCCGGAAGGCCUUGCUGCAGGAGCAGGGGCUGCUGAGCAUGCCUCCAGAACCAGGGUCCUCCCCACUGCCCACCCCUUUCGGGGCAGCGACAGCAACUGAAGCUGCCAGCAGUGGGAAGCAGUGUCUGAGGGCUGGAUCUGGCGGUGCCCCAUGCAGCAGAAGGCCUGCUCCCGGGAAAGCCUCAGGGCCCUUGCCCAGCAAGUGUGUGGCUAUCGACUGUGAGAUGGUGGGCACAGGACCCCGAGGGCGGGUGAGCGAGCUGGCCCGCUGUUCCAUUGUGAGCUACCAUGGCGAUGUCCUCUAUGACAAGUACAUCAGGCCUGAGAUGCCCAUCGUUGACUACCGUACUCGCUGGAGCGGUAUCACUCGGCAGCACAUGCGCAAGGCUAUCCCCUUCCAGGUGGCCCAGAAAGAGAUCCUUAAGCUCCUGAAGGGCAAGGUGGUGGUGGGGCACGCGCUGCACAACGACUUCCAGGCGCUCAAGUAUGUCCACCCUCGGAGCCAGACCCGGGAUACCACCUAUGUCCCAAACUUCCUCAGCGAGCCCGGCCUCCACACCCGGACCCGGGUUUCUCUAAAGGACCUGGCGCUGCAGCUGCUGCACAAGAAGAUCCAGCAGGUGGGCCAGCACGGGCACUCAUCAGUAGAAGAUGCCACGACAGCCAUGGAGCUCUACCGGCUGGUGGAGGUGCAGUGGGAACAGCAGGAGGCCCGCAGCCUCUGGACCUGCCCCGAGGACAGAGAACCUGACAGCAGCACAGACAUGGAACAGUACAUGGAGGACCAGUACUGGCCCGAUGACCUGGCCCACGGCAGCAGAGGAGGAGCCAGGGAGGCACAGGACAGAAGGAAUUGAGAAGGGGGCGGGGCUCCCUGGCUGGGCUUCCGGUGUGGCCGGUGGAAGUGGGGGAGGAGAGCAGCGGGCACUCCUUCCUGGGGAGGGUGGGGCAGGAUGCAGCGAGCCAGCCCCAGGGCCAGAGGAGUUAGGGUCAUCUGUUACCUUGACACCCUCUGCUCACAGCAUAGCCCUCUGUCUCUCCAGGGCUGUUGGUUCUUUCUCCUGGCUCCUGUGGUUUUGCUAAUGGCGCUUUACAGACUCCACGGAGAUGUCAGGUGGACCAUCUUCUAGGGCCCAGCAGGAGUAGGAAGUGUGCCAACAGAUUGCCCAGGUUGUCGUGGCCUUCCCCACCCCCCGGAUCUCCGGAGUCAUUAUGCUGUGCUAAUGAAAGGGGUCAUAUCACCCUCUCUGGGGAUGGUGGGUGGAGGUGUCAAUAUCCUGGAGCUCCCUUACCCCAACUCAAUGACUUGGGGUAAAGUCUCUUCCUUUUGUUGCCUACCUCUUCCUCCACUCAUUUGGGUUCAGAAUAAAUAUGCCCCGAAGUUAAAGAGUUAAAUCCUAAAGGAGGCAUUUCUUCCCCACCUCCCUGACCUGGAACUCUGGCUACAGCCAUUGUAGGAACUCCGUGCUCCCUCUGGCCUGUCAGCUCCCUGCUAGGCUACAGUGGAAUAGCAGAGCCCACAGGCUUCUCAUGGGGAGCUGGCUCCUUAACAUGCUUGCAACAGAAAGCCCCAGGCACACCUUAGGGAGGAGGGAAGGCAGGUAAGCUUUGGGUGAGAACUGGCAUAUUUAUUUUGACCCAAGUCAGGGAUUUCCCCAGUCCACCCAGUACUGGGCUCUUAAGCAAAAGUCUGAGAAACAAGACAGUGGUUUGAAUUCUGGGGCCUUUGUGUAGAAUUGUGCCUGAACUUUAUUUAUUUAUUAAGAGCAGGGCCACUUGUCUAGGGGAGUGGAGUCUGCGUGUCUCCUGGGGCUGGGGCAGGGCAUUGGCAGUUAUGCAGUGGCCCUGAACCUGGUCUGGUGCCCCCUCAGCUCUUUGACAAACACUGUGGCUAUUGGGUUUUCUCCUGUUUCUAAAAAUAUUCUCUUCUUUCCUAAGUGACAGUUUUGAAGUAUUGGGUAACCAAGAGCUCAGGUCACACAGACCUUGGAGCCCCAUCUUUGCUUGCAGCUUAGCUUUGAGAUACUAGGCAAGCAAGGGACUUCACUCCUGAGCCUGUUGUUUCCUCAUCUGUAAAAUGGGGAUAGUGGUACGGCCUACCUCAUAGGGUUGUAAUGAGCACUAAAUGUGAAGUGUUUGGCACAGUGCGUGGCACAUGGUGAGCCACAGCUACUGUGAGUUUCUGUUUAUCCCUUUUUUUUUUUUAAGCCCAAAAAGGGGCCACAACGUGUUUAUUCUUUGAGGAUUUGUUGCAACUUCUUCAGGAUAACACCUGAGUCCACAGGCUGAGCAGCUGUGGCCCAGACAGAACUGCUCUGGCUUGGCUGUUCCAGCAGGUGGGGCGCUGGCCUCGGUGAGGGCACAGCAGCAAGGUUCACAGAUAUCCGUGUGUCUUGUCUGUGGCCACCAGGCACAGGUUUGGCUUCCGGUCAGUGUCCUGACACUGUGCGGGAGGUGACAACAGAGCAAAGCAGCACAGGGGUCAGGGAGGUAGAGACACUGCUGAAAUCACACUACCCCACCCUCAGCUGAAGCCCCACGUUCCACAAACUUGGGGUCAUAGAUUGUCCAGUCACUAGCUCCCUCCCUGUCAGCACAGCACAGAGGAAGGGGCUAACUGAAUCUUUUACCACUUCUGGCCUGGCUCCACAACUUUGUUCUAGAUUCCUUAAAAGUCGGUAGCUGAUGUCAAACUCAGUUGAGCAGUAGCUUUGAUCCCUUGGUCUGGGGGUUGAAGGAAGAUGGCGCUGUUAUCAGCGGGGAAAUGUACUAUUUAUGAUCAGCUUUGUUGUAAAACCAUUUGUUCUAGAAUAAAACUCAAUUGGAAAAGUG